AUGGAGAGCACAAAUAGAGGCCACCGACGUCACAUACCAAGAUUACAGGAUGCUUUAACUAAAGCUUACCAAGAUGAAGAAUGCUACUGGCACACGAAAAGCAGAAACAGAUGGUUAAACUGCGGAGAUCGUAAUACAAACUUUUUUCAUGCCAGCACAAAAACUAGGUACGCCAAGAACUACAUAUCCCCUCUACAUGAUUUACAAAACAAUGUUUAUGAAGGAGAUAAAGACAUUGGAGAACAUGCGCAAAAAUACUUUUCUGAGGUCUACACCACUAGUCGAAUCCCGGUUUCACCCAUUGAUUUUGGCGAUUUUCCCUCAACUGUCACACAAGAGACCAAUGAUGAUCUCACACGGGAGUUUACUAAUGAAGAAAUAUAUGAUGCUCUAUCAGACAUUGGUGAUGACCGAGCUCCUCGACCAGAUGGAUUGACUGCCAGAUUUUAUAAACAUUACUGGAAUAUCAUUGGAGAUGAUAUAAUUGCAGAGGUUAAAGAUUUCUUUGAGACAUCUUACAUGAAAACAGGAAUUAACCAUACCAAUAUAUGUUUAAUUCCUAAGAUCACCGAACCCACAUCUCUCACAGAGUACAUACCUAUUGCUCUGUGCAAUGUCUUAUACAAAAUUAUUUCCAAAUGUUUAGUAAACAGGCUCAAAAAACAUUUAAACAACAUUGUCUCUGAUACACAAGCAGCCUUCAUACCGGUGAGAUUAGUCACUGAUAAUAUAAUGAUUGCACAUGAGGUCAUGCUUUCCUUAAAAUCUAGAAAGCGGGUAUCCCAAAAUUACAUGGCUAUUAAAACCGAUGUCACUAAAGCUUAUGACAGGGUUGAGUGGAAUUUUUUAGAGGUCACAAUGCACUUAUUUGGUUCCUCAACAAAAUGGAUAGAGUGGAUCAUGGCGUCAGUACGUUCUGUAAGCUACUCAGUUCUCAUAAAUGGAACCCCCUAUGGCACGAUUGUUCCAGAGAGAGGUAUACGACAAGGUGAUCCCCUAUCACCAUAUUUAUUUAUUCUCUGUGCUGAUAUUGUGAGCCAUCUAAUCAAAACAAGGGUGGCUGAUGGAGAUAUCAGAGGUGCACAUACCGGGAAUGGAGUACCACCAAUUACACACUUACAAUUUGCGGAUGACUCUCUAUAUUUUUGUCAAGCAAAUACACGGAAUUGCAGAGCAAUCAAGGAAGCUUUUGAGGUUUAUGAAUACUACUCCGGUCAAAAAAUAAAUACCAGCAAAUCUUUAAUCACAUUCGGGUCUCGAGUACCAGGACAACUUCAGAAUAGGUUGAAAUCCAUUCUCGAAAUACCAAACCGUGGUGGUGGAGGCAAGUACCUGGAAUUACCAGAACAGUUCGACAAAAGAAAGACUGAGAUGUUUCAAUAUAUUAAUGCCAAAGUCCGGGAAAGAACAGCCUCUUGGCGUGGUCGAUAUCUUUCACAGGCUGCAAGAUAUUACAAAGAUGACUGUAUCCUUGAUGCAAAACAGAGAGCUAACCAAUCUUACAGCUGGGCUUCAAUCCUAGAGGGACUUAAACUAAUAAAACUUGGCUACAGAUAUCAGAUUGGGGAUGGUGAUUCUGCCCGUGUUAACCUUGACAAUGUCACUAUCAUGAACCCACCAAAGCCAGUUUACAGUACAUUUAUCGAUAAUAAUGCUUGCCUAGAUGAACUUAUCGCUUCAUGUGGACCAUACCGCUACUGGGACACGAAUAAAAUAAGUGAACACUUCUCCGCGGAAGAUCAAGUACACAUCAAUCAGAUUUACCUACCCCGUAAUGAUCCUCCGGAUAAAAUUAUAUGGCAUUACACAACCACAUGUGAUUAUACUGUGAGAUCAGGUUACUGGCAAGGGAUGCACAACCCCACUGAACCAAACAUUCUACCUCCAAGGCCUCAUGGAUCAAUGACCUUAAAACAAAAGAUUUGGCGCCUCAAUAUUAUGCCUAAGCUGAAACAUUUUAUGUGGGGAGCCAUUUCGAAAGCCCUACCAUCUUUGACAAGGCUAACAUCCAGAGCAAUGAAUCUAGAUCCAAUAUGCCCCAGGUGUUUUCAAAGUGAUGAAACCAUAGAACAGAUUCUAUUUAUGUGCCCCUAUGCUGCUUCCAUCUGGCAACUAACCAACAUUCAGACUGGUUUCCUAUACUAUUCUACUAUAGACAUGGAAACUCUCUUGGAAUCUAUCUUUGAUUUUUAUAGCGAUAGUUACACGCUAUCUAACAUAAAAUUUCUUCCUUUUUGGAUACUAUGGCAUCUUUGGAAAACAAGAAACAAAUUCAUCUUUGAAGGUUCACAGGAAAAUCCAAAUAUGAUUGUAAUACGAGCCCGAUCAGAUAUGCGAGAAUGGUGUCAUUUGCUUAGGAAAACAUCUGAAACGAAAAACCAAGAUGGAAUCCAGACAAGGGGGAAAUCAUGGGAACGACCACCAAGUAGUUUCAUCAAAUGUAAUUAUGAUGCAGCGUUUGAUCCUAUAACACAUCAAACAAAAUGUGGAUGGAUCCUCCGAGAUCAUUAUGGAGUCGCUCAAGGAUGGGGAUCUACCAUUAUCGGCUACACAUCAUCUUCUCUACAGGCAGAAGCAAAAGCUCUUCUAGUAGCACUCCAACAAACAUGGAUCAGAGGUUUCCAAUCGGUUAUCUUUGAAGGAGACAAUGAUACGGUCACCAAAAUGAUGAACAAUAAACUAUUUGAUCAAACAAUUGAAAGCAUCAUUUUGAACAUCAAGUACUGGGCCUCACAGAUACAGACUUGUCAAUUUGCUUACUCAUCUAGAGAGUGUAAUACAGUUGCUCGUACGAUUAAUAGUUUUUAUUCCGAGCUACACCACCAACUUGGCUUUCAAGUUAUUUGUAUAAGGAUUUUCAAUGUUCAUUAA